CAAAAGUAAAAUACUAAAUUUUCAAGUUGGAGCAUGCUUUCGUGCGAUACGCCGAGCAGCAUUUCAAAUCAAAUCAAAUCAACUUGAGAUUUUAAAAUAAUUUGUUUUAUUGCAAUUAUUGCAUAGUGCAAAUUGCAAUUCACUCCAUCCACGAGGCUGCAUCUGAAGUGGAUUUAAUAAUAUGAGCACAUGCUGAUAAAUUUUAUGUUCAGACUAAGAAAAUAAACAGAAGAAUUUAAUAAAAAAGAUGUCUUUAGCAGAUCGUAGUAGAUGGCCAAUGACCACGGAAGAGGAAGAGGAGGAGGAAAGACAAAACUUUAUUGCCAUUGUAACUGCUUUUAAACAGUACAAGUUAUUUUCAAGUGCCCGGGUUCAUAAAACAGAAUCAUAUUUAAAUACAUUAAAAAAGGAACAUCAAACGAUGUUAUUGAGAUAUCGUAAUCACUUGACCAAAGUACGAGAUUGUAUUAGCACCAAUGACAGAGUUCUGCAGGAAAUGAUUAAAAAUGUAGAUCAUUUAUUUCCAAAUGAAAAUAAAACUUCAUCUGAUAUCUCAAAUGAAACAAACGGGCAUCAUGUAAGAAAAUUGAAAGUGCAAGAUUUGGAGAAGCCAGUUGAACCCUUCAAAUUAUUAAAGGUGCAAACUAUGCUGAAACACGUUGCUAGAGAUUGGAGUACAGUGGGCGAAUUGGAGCGAAAGCAGUGUUAUGGUCCUAUAAUAGAGGAGAUACAAAAAUAUUACAAUGAAAAAGAUCAUGAUCUCAGUCAAAUUAAAGUACUUGUUCCUGGAAGUGGAUUAGCCAGAUUAAGUUACGACCUCGCAUGUCUUGGUUUUUAUUGUGAGGGAAAUGAAGUUUCACUUUUCAUGCUUAUUGCAUCAAAUUUUGUGUUAAACAAAUGUGAGUCUAAAGAUCAAUACACAAUUUAUCCGUGGGUUCACCAAUAUGUGAAUAAUUUAAACCGAGAAGAUCAAGUAGCACCAGUAACCUUUCCUGACAUAAGUCCAAAAAGUUGCGGCAUAAAAGGACAAUUAUAUGUUUCUGCUGGGAAUUUUACGCAAGUUUAUCCUGAUGACAACGACUGGGAUUGUGUUGUAACAUGCUUUUUUAUAGAUUGCGCUAAUAAUGUAAUAGAAUUUAUUGAAACAAUAUAUCGAAUACUGAAACCUAAUGGGAUUUGGAUAAAUUUAGGACCAUUAUUAUAUCAUUUUGCUGACAUAAAUGAUGAGAACAGUAUAGAGCCCACCUUUGAAGACCUUUUGCCUAUUAUGAGGAAUAUAGGAUUUGAAAUAGUAAAAUAUGAAACUGGGGUGCGUACAAGUUAUGCACAAAAUCCGAAAUCGAUGUUAAAACAGGCAUAUGAAAGUAUUUUUUGGGUUUGCAGGAAACCAUUAGUAAAUGCAGAAAAUAGUAUGUAAAUAAUAUUAAUGAGUUUCUAUUUAAUGCAAUUUGUAAAUAGGUAAAUUAUUAAAAUACCUACAUUUCAUAAUUAAAAUAAAGUAUAACAGGAUAUUUUUUUAAAAAGUAACUAUAAAAAAAACACAUAUACAAAUGGAAAUAAAAAAAUGUGGAAAAAAAAAAAUUUGUUUUGAACUGGAAACAAACAAUAAUAUGAUUUUUACAAUUAGAAUACACAAUAUACUUAUGUAAUGCAGGUGGGCGUAUUAAAUAUAGUUUUUAAGUGGAAUCGAGGAACAAAAAAUUGAAGAAACUUUUUUUUUUAAGUGUCGUUUUAAGAAUUCUGUACAAAGUUUCAAUAUGUUUCAUUAAAGUAUGUAGUAAACAAAGAUUUACUCUAUACUUUUAUUUUCUUAAUAAUUCAAUUAACUUAGUAUUAAGUUUGCAGUUUGAUGAUAAUUUUUUGAGAUAUUUAGA